AUGCAAAUUGUCUGCGUGGGACUGCUUCUAUCCCAUCUGACCUGGGCAGCACCUACGGUUCAACCACAGGCUGAGAAAACCAGGCAAGACUGUGCGGAAGAACAGAGGAUCACCUACAAGGGUCACCAUGAGAAACAUGGGUAUUAUAUUCUCAAGUAUGUUUACACAUCACCUGGGAGAAAAAAUCAAACGAACAUAAAGGAAGAAAAAAACAAAGACAAUAUUGUUCUUCACCUUUCUGGCAAGAGAAGAAAUCAAGAGCCAGCACUUAAAGAAAACCUUGCCCAGGAGAGAGAGAAAGACUUGUCCCUCCGUGGAGUUGAUAAAAAUAACCAAAUUAGUAAAUCCCCAAAUCUUUUUGAAACUAGACAGACAACGAAUGAAGACUACAGUAUUAGUCACAAAGAUAAUGCCUACAAUGACCUACAGAUGCCCAUUUACCCCGAAUCCACUGGGAAUAAUGGGUCUGAGGAUGGAGGUGAUGUUCUCAGUGAACUUCAUGACCAAGAAGAAUAUGGUGCAGCUCUCACCAGAAAUAAUGCACAACUUAUAAUGGCGCCAGGAGCUGCCAUUGAACCAUUAGGAGACGAAAGCAAAGAUAUCAAACCCAGGAAUGUUCCAAGCAAAAUUCCAGCAGGUGCAAACCAUGCUAAAGCCCCCUCAAAAGAUAAGAAGAAUCAUCAAAGAGAUCCGCAAGCCCCCAGUGCCCCGGCCAAAGGCAAAAGCACGCACCACAUCCAAUACAGCACUGACUAUCUAAAACAGCCCCCCACACUCAAGAAAAUCCCCAGCGAUUUCGAAGGCAGCGGCUAUCCAGAUCUUCACGUGAGGGGGGACAAUGUCUCCCCUUUCAGUGGAGAUGGCCAACCUUUUAAGGACAUUUCAGGCAAAGGAGAAGCUAUGGGUCCUGACCCAGAGGGUGCAGGUAUUCCAACAGAGCUUUCCGGCCCGGGGGAAGCGGAGACGAUGAACCCCGAGGCAGGAGGCCCGGGUUAUAACGACAUCCCAGAGGGAGCAGAAGAUGGCAGAGGUGCCAUUGGAACCCGGGAUGGUGUCAGCCUCGUGGGGGGCAGCAACGACAUCAUAGGGAGCACCAAUUUCAGGGAACUCCCUGGGAAAGAAGGAAACAGAGUGGAUGCCGGCGGCCAAAAUGCUCACCAAGGGCAAGUGGAGUUUCAUUACCCUCAGGGACCUUCGAAGGAGAAAAGGAAAGAAGGCGGUCGUGACGUUGCUGAAAGCACUGAUUAUAAUGAAAUUCCGAGAAAGGGCAAAGGGGGGAGUAGGGAAGGUACGGAACAUUCUAACAGGAAUCAAGUGGCCUCGAGUGAGAAGCAGCGAUUUCCCAGUAAGAGCAAAAGUCCAAGCCAGCUCACCCCUCCUCAGGGUCUUGACAAUGACAUUAACAGUGACAUAGGUUCCCACAGUGACCCCAAUAAUGAGGGGCCUAUCCCCACACACAAUGGGAGAAAUCAGUAUGGACCCCACAGACAGAACAGCUCCCCCUGGGGGAAGGGCCUGCCACAGAGAAAGGGCCCCUGGGCUCAUAGAAAGUCCCAUCCCAACAGGAGGUUCAGGCCCCUCAGACAGCACGACAGCAGUGAGUCAUCCGACAGCGCCAGUUCCAGCGAGAGCGAGGGAGACUAG